GUCGCCGCGUAUUGUACGAACAAGUCAGCGAGCCUAAGAAACGACGCAACACAGCUAAAAAAGGGCAAACUUUAAAAACGAAACUGAUUUUCUAUAACUUAAGUGAAAAGGAAUUAUUGAAUAAUUGAGAAAAGUGCUAAUUAAAUGAUUUGAGUUAAUUGAUAUGAAAAAUACUUGGCGCUCAAGCUUGAACAGAAAUAGAAAUAAAAUAACUGAAACUUAAUUAACAGUUUUGAAAAAGUUUUAAAAAGAUUUCAUAGUUCACACAAAAGAAUAUUUCAAAUAAGCACGAAAAUGAUUAUACAAAAAAUGUUCGAACACGUUUCCCGUUCUGAAUUAUGGAGCUUCGCCACAUUACUGGUCAUCUCACUCUGCCUCUAUGCCUUAUGGGAUUAUAUCAAAUCGGUGCUGCUCUCGCUGAAACUAUCCGGUCCAGAAGCAUUGCCCAUACUGGGCAAUUGUUUGAUUAUAAAGGAGAAAGACAUGCUUGCGAAACGCGUAGCGACAGCUUUUGGCCUCUACGGCCCGCUAAUACGUAUUUGGGUGCUACUCUUUCCCUUCUUCGCUGUGCUGCAGCCAGAUGAUUUGCAGGUCAUACUCUCCUCGAAGAAGCACACAGAAAAGGUGUUUAUCUACAAAUUGAUGCACAAUUUUCUGGGCAAUGGUUUAAUAACGAGCAGUGGCGAAAAGUGGAAUGCCCAUCGAAAAUUCAUACAGCCGCUUUUCCACUUAACGAUUUUGGAACGCUUCAUUGGCACCUUCGCGGACGCCUCAGGGGCGCUCUUUGAAAAUUUACAGGCAUCAGCCAAUGAAGAGAUCAACAUCGCUAAAUAUAUAAACAGCUGUGUUAUGGAUAUAUUAAAUGAGGCUGUUUUGGGCGUGCCAGUGAAGCGACAGGGUGCAAUGGUGGACAUGGAGCAGUCACCAUUCAGGCAGGGAAAAGUCGUUAUCAGCGAACGUUUCUUGCAGCCUUGGCUAUUAUUUGAGAGCAUCUACAAGUUCACCAAAAUAGCCUCAGAGGAGCUCAAUCAAAAAAAACGGCUCAAUGAGUUUACGCGCAAAAUGAUCAAGCAUCGCCGAGAGCUGUUAGCCAAUGACAAUUAUACUGGCCGCAAAUGUCUGCUCGAUUAUAUGAUUGAAAUUUCUAAUAACAAUGCCGAUUUCACCGAGGACGAUAUUGUAGACGAAGCCUGCACUUUUAUGCUGGCCGGUCAGGAUUCAGUUGGCGCCGCUGUGGCAUUCACACUUUUUCUGCUAGCACAAAAUCCCGAAUGUCAAGAGAAAUGUGCGAUGGAAAUCAAUGAUAUUUUCAUGGGCGAUGAGCGGUCGCCCAAUAUGAAUGAUUUACGCGAUAUGCGCUACCUGGAGAUGUGCAUCAAGGAAGCCUUGCGCUUGUGUCCCAGUGUGCCGUUGAUGGCGCGCAAAUUGGGCGAAGAGGUGCGUCUGGGCAAAUACACUCUUCCUGCGGGCAGUAAUAUUUUCAUUUGUCCCUAUGCGACACAUCGACUGCCACACAUUUAUCCCGAACCGGAGAAAUUUGAGCCGGAGCGUUUCUCACCGCAAAAUACAGAGACGCGACACCCUUACGCCUAUAUUCCAUUCAGCGCUGGACCGCGUUACUGCAUUGGCAAUCGCUUUGCAAUCAUGGAAAUGAAAACAGUUAUUUCGCGUUUGCUAAGAAGUUAUCAGCUGCUGCCGGUGCCUGGCAAAACCUCCUUUAAUGCAACAUUUCGCAUCACUUUGCGCGCAUCUGGUGGUUUGUGGGUGCGUUUAAGGCCACGCGAACAUCCAUUGGCCGAUUACAGUACCUAAUUGAGUGCGGUGAAGAAUGGCCUUAAGGCUUCAUAAAUGAUAAGUAAAAGUUGCUAUAGUAAAUAGGAACAAAUGCACAAAUAGCCUGAGUUCAAAGCCACUAGCUUUAAUUUAUUUCGCUUAGUUUAGUUAUAACGGUAGCUAUAAAUAAAUAGGUAGGUGGUAACCGUAGGGAAGACAUUGAACCUCUGAGCGUGAAAACUUAAGGGGUCCCGGUGGUCUAGAGCUCGAAAAUUUAGGGUAUUUUCAGGAAUUUUAUUUUGCAAUAAAAAAAUGAAAAACGAUAUUUAAAUUUUUUAGGCUUUUGAUUUGACUUCUUUUACAUACAGAAAAUAAAAAAAAUUUAGAUUUUAAUAAUUUCAAAAAUGAUGCUGAAUUUGACUCUCCCGAAAAAUUGCACCUGCCUGUGUUGUCCAUUUUGGCUCUUUUAUUUCUCUGAAACACAAAAAUCAAAAAGAUUAUUAAUCAGUAUGACUUUAGCUAUGUCCGGUACUAGAAAAAAAAAUUUCACAAAAUGGUGCGGUUUGAAAUUUGACAUUCUAAAAAUCGGUUUUUUUUCAGUUUUUUUAUAAGAAAAUACGAAAUAAUUGAAAUGAUAAUAUGAUUCUAGUGCGGACGAUAGUCAUUGAUGUUCUGAACAACAUAUUAAAAGUUCAGACGAUUCGGUUGAGUAGUUUUUUUUUCUGACCACCAGGCCGAAAAAAAUGAGUUUAGAAUUUGAGGUUCCUGUACCUGUAGAAGCUAUUGUAUUAUAUUGGGAGUUUCCGCAUGAAAAUUUCACAGCAUAAAGAUUGCAUGCUUUGGGAAUGAUUCAGAAACAGGGGACUUGGGUUCCUUAUGAGUUAAAACCAAGGGAUGUUGAACGUCGUUUAUUCGCCUGUAGACAACAGCGGCAAAAAAAGGGUUUUCUUCCUCGCAUCGUGACGAGUGAUGAAAAAUGAUUCAUUACAUCAAUCCAAAGAAAACAAAGUCAUGGGGACUGCCCGGGCAUGCUUCUACGUCGUCUCCUCGGCCGAAUAUUCACGCUCCGAGGGUUAGGCUAUGUAUUUGGUGGGACUAAGUUAGUGUUAUUUAUUAUGAACUGUUAAAACCAAGCGAAACCAUCACUGGCGAUCGGUAUCGACAUCAAUUGAUGCGAUUGAGCCGAGCACUGCGCGAGAAGCGGCCGUGAUACGCGGAGAGGCAUGAAAAGGUGAUUCUACAGCAUGACAACGCUCGGCCUCACGUUGCCAAACCCGUUAAAACCUACCUGGAAACACUGAAAUGGGAAACCCUACCCCACCCGCCAUAUUCCCCAGAUAUUGCGCCGUCGGAUUAUCACCUGUUUCGAUCGAUGACACAUGGUCUAGCUGACCAGCUUACCAGCAGUUCCAUUCAUAUGAAGACAUCAAAAAAUGGCUUGAUCCGUGGAUAGCCUUAAAAGAUGAACAGUUUUACCGCGACGGUAUACGAGAUCUACCAGAAAGAUGGGAAAAAGUAGUAGAUGGCAGCGAUGGCAAUACUUUCAAUGAUGCACUUGUAACCAUUUUUUCAGAAUAAAGUUGUAUUUUCAUCAAGAAAACAGCGAGAACUUAGUUGCGCACCUAAUGGUAUAACUUUAAAUUAACAAUUUUUCUAAGAUUUGCUUUUCUUAAAAAAAUAAAUGUAUAAUGUACGGCAGUCGAAAUCAAAUCAAUUCUCAUAGAACGCAAAUUUUCUUGCAUAAAUAAAAUAUAAAAAACAUUUUUCCAUAAAAAACAAAUCGUUUGUGUUAUGCAAAUACGGUGUGAUUCUACGAGAACGCAAAUUGUCUUGUAUA